AUGGAGAAUUUUUUACGAUCAAAAGAGUAUUGGCCGAUCGUUGAAUUUGGAGUUACAGAACCAGCAACAAAUACAGUCUUGACAGAUACCCAGAAAACAGAGUUGGAAAGAAGAAAGCUCAAAGAUUUGAAGGCAAAAAAUUACCUUUUUCAGGCAAUUAACCGUCCCAUCUUGGAAACAAUUCUUAGCAAAGAAACUUCCAAAGAUAUUUGGGAUUCCAUGAAGCAAAAAUAUCAAGGCUCUGCUAGAGUGAAGCGUGCACAACUUCAAGCUUUGAGAAGAGAUUUUGGGACUCUACAAAUGAAAAAUGGGGAAUCUGUCACCAGCUACUGUGCCAGGACUAUGGAGAUCAACAACAAAAUGCGAUUUCAUGAAUCGAAAGACAUAGAUGCAUUCUCUCUUGAUGAACUGCAGAGCUCCUUGCUGGUCUAUGAACAGAAGAUGAACCGAAGUUCAACAUCAGAGGAGCAAGUUUUAAAGGCUUUUACCUCUACUCAUUUCUCCAACUUCAGAGGAAGGGGUAGAGGUCGAGGUAGGGGAAGGGGAGAUCGAGGCAAUAAAGAUGGCAUCAGGUAUUUCAAAGGUGAUGAUGAUCAAUUUCACGGCAAAGGCAAAGGACGAGAUCAUCAUUUUGACAAAUCCAAGGUAGAGUGCUUUAGAUGUCAUAAAUCUGGACAUUAUCGUUCUGAAUGUUAUACUAGGCUGCCUAAAGACAAAUAA